AUGCCUCGACCGUAUCACAAUUCUCUAUUUUCUUGCAGCACUGAUGGUAGUCUUCUGGAAGCAUGUUGCUGUCCUUGUGUUGUUUAUGGACGAAACCACAGCCGCAUUGUUCAUGGCAAUAGAGAAGACUAUUCUUCUUGCAACCCUUGGUGCAUAGCAUGGUGUUGUCUUUGUUGUUGUGGCAACUGGGGGUGGGUUCUUCAAAUUAUUGAUCGCAAGGAUAUGCAGAAGAAGCACAAACUUGAAGGAGGAACUUGCGGCCUGUGCUGCACUCCUCUGUUGUGUCAAUGCUGCGAAUUGAUCCAAACUGGCAAGGAGCUGGACUACAUUCAACAGUUGGAAAGCGUGGGAUACAGGGCCCAACCGAAUAUGACUACAGAAUUGCGUAAUAGGGAGGCUUUGUGA